AUGGAUACAUGGACCUCCACAGCUACAGAAAGUUACAUAACUGUUACUGAGCUUCAAAUAACUGAUAAUUGGGAACUAAAGGCUAAUGUGUUGUGUACGCGAGCCAUGCCUGAAAGACAUACGGGGGACAACAUUGCAAAUAAACUGCAAUCCAUUGUCAGCGAGUUUGAGUUAGACGGCAAAAUUGAUACAUGCGUUCAUGAUAAUGCCCGAAACAUGGAGUGUGCUGGUAACAAAUGCUUAGAGUGGGGCGAUUUCGGAUGUUUCGGUCAUACGUUACAGUUGUGUAUCAAACCCGUGUUUGAAUUAGCGUCUGUGGCAAAACUGAUUCAAAAAUGUAGAAAACUUGUUGGUCAUUUCAAACAUUCAACAACUGUUACAGCAGAAAUGCGCAAUAGACAAAAACUUCUUGGGGUUCCUGAACAUGAGUUAGUACAGGAUGUUGUAACAAGGUGGAAUUCAACACAGGCAAUGCUUUCACGUCUGGUGGAACAACGUCGUACUCUCACGGAUAUAUUGUUAGACGAGAAAGUGACAAAAAAAGCAGAUUCCGCUGUGUUUCUUCCUAAAGGUCAUGAGUGGGAAUUGAUGAAUGAUCUGUCCACAGUUCUUAUGGACUUAUCUAAUGUAACGACGUACAUGUGUUCAGAAAACAGCGUAUCUUUGUCUGAGGUCUAUCCGAUUGUGUGUGGAUUAAUAAGAAGAAGUUUAAAGGUACAAGAUUCUGACGGAGUUAUAAUUCGUAAGACCAAAGAUGUCAUCAGUGAUGAGUUGAAUCGACGUUAUCAACCAAAUGACAAGAAGACUGCCUGUUCCACACCUGUAAUUGCAUCACUCAUGGACACCCGAUUCAAACAGUUAACUUUCUUAUCUUCUGAACAAAGAAAAACGGCAGAGGAAUUUUUAGAGGGUCUUAUCGAUGAAAUGCCUCUAAAACGGUUGACAGAGACAAGCGGCUCCGAUACUCCGCCACCAAAGAGACAACGACGACCAAGUGGAAUUGACUUUUUGCUUAGUAAAUCGCCUGACAAACCGGAGUCUCAAGACGAGUUAGAACUACAAAGUUAUUUACUAGAUAAAUCUGAUUUCAAUAAAUCUCCACUUGAAUGGUGGUCAGAAAACGAGACGAAAUACCCACGUUUAUCUAUAAUUGCAAAACGUGUGUUAGCAGUACCAGCAACGUCCGUUCCUUCUGAGAGGAUAUUUUCAUGUGCCGGACUUGUGGUUUCUAAACUCAGAAACAGACUUUCAGCUGAAGUUGUAGAUCAGAUAAUUUUUUUAAACAAGAACAAGAUAAAAGUCACCUGCAUUGAACCCCACACAUCUGAUUAG